AUGCCACCAGAGGAUCUGCACGUCUCUUUUCUACAUCAUACGUAUGAAGCAAGAGACCGCGAAGACCCUUGGUUCACAAAAUUCUGCACUAUCGCGGCCGUGGGAUGCCUGACAAGAGAUGUUGCUGGUGGGGCAGAGAUGCUCUCACGAAUCUGGGAAAAUCAGGAGCGACUCCGCAGAAAUGAAGUUCAUCAGCAAGCCCUACAAGAAGCCGAAGAUCUUUGGCGACGAGAGGAAACGUAUUUGGAUAUUGCCGCGGAGAUUAUUGAGGAAGCGAGACACGAGUCUGCCAAUGGGGGUUUGACGCGCGUCAAGCGCAAGCAAAUGGAGAUCACUAGAAACUUUUUGAAGGGAGUUAAUGAGGGAAGGAAUCAUAAGAUCUGCUUGGAACAAAAGAAUGCAACAAUUGAGGAACGUCAAAUGUUGUCGGCGAAAAGAAAACGGAAUAUCGAGAUUUUUGAUGCGGCGGUUAAUCUGAUGCGCGAAGCGAAGCGCUCCGAUCUAGAGUACGAAAACGUCGAGACCGAUAUCGAAGAU